UUUUGCCAGAGGAGGGGAGGGAGGAAUAGAGGGAGUCAGAACAGAGAGAGAGGGAGGUAUAUAAAGACCUACAGAGAGAAGGAGAGGCAGAGGGAGGAGGAAGGAGAGCAGCAGCAGCUCGGCUGCUGUUCCUACCAGAGGGCUGCAGUUGUCGAGGGGAAGUCGCCGUUACCACAAGGAUUACUGCGAUGUCUGCCUCCAUGGCAACAGCUAGCGGGAACUGAGUCGCGGAGAAGCUGACCAUCCGGUGCCGUGGCCGACGAGCAAGGCAGCCAUGAGCCAGGAGUCAGGCUUCUUGAAACAAAAAAACAAGAAGUAAUGGAGACUAAACUUUGAAUGUAAGAAAUCCUUUUUGAGGAAGUCAGAAAGUUGAAGGAAGUGUCUCUGAGUUCUGCAGUUCUCUGCCUCCUCUUUUCUGUUGGACCAACUUCCUCAUUUUCUUAACUCACCUAAAUAAAAGGUUGACAUCCUGCCGCAGAAGCCGCUGACUGCCUUGAAAUCGUGCAGAGGAAGGCCAUGGCGAGACCGAUCUUCCUCUCCCUGCUGUUCUUGGUGACUCUUGGCCAUGCGCAGUUCCAGCCUGGAGGACGACUGAAGCCCCGCUUACAGAGGGACCGACGCAACAUCCGACCAAACAUCAUCCUUGUUCUGACUGACGACCAGGACCUGGAACUUGGUUCCAUGCAGGCCAUGAAUAAGACUCGCCGUAUUAUGGAGGAGGGAGGGACGUCCUUCUCUAAUGCCUUUGUGACCACGCCCAUGUGCUGUCCAUCACGAUCAAGCAUGCUCACCGGGAAGUACGUGCACAAUCACAACACCUACACCAACAAUGAGAACUGUUCCUCCAUGUCAUGGCAGCGACAGCAUGAGCCGCGCACCUUUGCAGUCUACCUGAACAACACUGGAUACAGGACAGCUUUCUUCGGGAAGUACCUGAACGAGUACAACGGCUCGUACGUUCCCAGCGGUUGGAGGGAGUGGCUCGGCCUGGUGAAGAACAGCCGCUUCUACAACUACACACUGAGCCGCAAUGGCGUUCGGGAGAAACACGGAGCGCGAUACCCUGAGGACUACCUGACCGACCUGAUCACCGAGGAGUCCGUUCGCUACUUCCGCUCAUCAAAGCGAGUUUAUCCUCACCGCCCGGUUCUGAUGGUUCUGAGCCACGCAGCGCCGCACGGACCUGAGGACUCAGCACCGCAGUACAGCACGGCCUUCGCUAAUGCAUCGCAGCACAUCACUCCCAGUUACAACUACGCCCCAAACCUGGAUAAACACUGGAUCAUGCGCUACACCGGGCCGAUGAAGCCCAUCCACAUGGAGUUCACCAACGUGCUGCAGAGGAAGCGUCUGCAGACGCUGCUGUCUGUGGAUGACAGCAUGGAGAAGCUGUAUAACAUGCUGACGGAGACGGGAGAGCUGGAGAACACCUACAUCAUCUAUACAUCCGACCACGGCUACCACAUCGGGCAGUUUGGUCUUGUUAAAGGUAAAUCCAUGCCGUACGAGUUUGACAUCAGAGUCCCGUUUUACAUCAGAGGCCCAAACGUGGAACAAGGCAGCAUUAACCCUCACAUGGUUUUGAACAUUGAUCUGGCUCCAACCAUCCUGGAUAUAGCUGGCCUCGAUACACCUCCAGAUAUGGAUGGACGGUCGAUACUAAGUCUGCUGGACACAGACAAACCUGCAAACAGAUUCCAGCUCAACAAGAAGCCAAAGAUCUGGAGGGAUUCCUUUCUGGUGGAAAGAGGGAAGUUGCUGCACCAGCAAGUUGAGGGGAAGGAAGUGUCGCAGGAGAACUUCCUGCCCAAACACCAACGGGUGAAAGACCUCUGUCAGAGAGCGGAGUACCAGACGCCCUGUCAGCAGACUGGACAGAAGUGGCAGUGUGUGGAGGAUGCAACCGGAAAGCUGCGGCUCUUCAAGUGUAAGGGCGAAGCUGGAGGAAGUAAAAACGUCCAGCGCAGCACGGUCAGCCGCCAGCGUCCGCUCAGCAUCAAGUCACGCCUGUACCAUCCGAAGCUGGACAUAUGUGACUGCGACUUUGGCGACCUUCGACUUUUGAACCUGCGGCCCUUCAACCAGAAACCUUUCCUUUCCAAAAAGAAGCUGAAAGCCCAGAAGAGUUAUGCGAGGAACCGCUUCAGCCGCUCCCUCCCCACGGAGAACAGUUACCCGGGCAACGGCAGUCUGGGAGACGCGUUUGGGAGCUUUCAACAAACAGGAGAAGAGCUGGAGGACGAGUUCAGUGGAAUGGGAACCCCUCCCAGCACAGCAGUCCCAUCCAGUUCCAUCAAAGUGACCCACAGGUGCUCCAUCCUGUCCAACGCCACGGUGAAGUGUGACACAGGAGUGUAUCAGUCUCUGCAGGCCUGGAAGGAUCACAAGCUGCACAUUGACCACGAGAUUGAGACUUUACAGACAAAAAUCAAAAACCUACGAGAGGUCAGAGGUCAUCUGAAGAGGGUUCGGCCCCUGGAGUGUGACUGCAACAAGUAUCUGUACAAAUCCAAACUGAAGAACAAGAUGAAGCUCAGAGGAGAAGGAGGACUUCAUCCAUUCAGGAAGAGCCGUGCUCGAGACAAGAAGGCGUGGCUUCAGAAGGAGCAGAAGAGGAGGAAAAAGAUGAGGAAGAUAAUCAAAAGGAUCAAGAACAACGACACCUGUUCAAUGCCGGGACUCACCUGCUUCACACACGACAACCAGCACUGGCACACCGCCCCCUUCUGGACACUGGGUCCAUUCUGUGCCUGCACCAGCGCCAACAACAACACAUACUGGUGUCUGCGAACCAUCAACGAGACCCACAACUUCCUGUUCUGUGAGUUUGCCACAGGCUUCCUGGAGUUUUUUGACCUCAGCACAGACCCGUACCAGUUAAUAAACGCCGUGGGCUCUUUAGACCGGACCGUUCUCAACCAGCUGCACGUCCAGCUCAUGGAGCUCCGCGGCUGCAGGGGGCAUAAGCAGUGCAACCCCCGCACACGCUCAGUGGAGCUGGCAGGUGGGCGGGCUCACGGCAGCUUCGACAACUACAGGCUGUUUGAAAGGAGAAAGUGGCCAAAAGUCAAGAGACCUUCCUCCUCCCGAACCCUAGGACCCAUCUGGGAUGGCUGGAAGGGAUAGGACGCCCCCCGCUGCCAGCCUCACCAACCUGAAGGAAGGAGGCGUGGUCACCAAGCUGACAUGACAAACCGACAGCAGUAAACCAGUCCGCUUCUGCAGCAUCAUUCAGCCUUCCCCACCCGCUGCUCAGGAAGACUCUGGGAUGAGACCCUCACCCCUCAGCCAGAGGCUGCUCCCUCUGCUGCCACCUCCUGCCACGGUCAGGAAGGUUUCGGCCGGAGCAAACCCAGGGAAGGAGGAGGAGGAGCAGGGAGGCUCGGAGAAAAAGAGUCAGAAAUUGAUGGAAAAAAUGUGUUUUUAGCAGAAAUUUGACCUUUCAGGUUUGAUAGCAUCAACUCUCAGCUCAAUAACCAAAUCUCUAUUCAUAAUAAUGAGCCUUUUAAAGUAAAUUAAUGCUUUUUUUUUCAUUACUCAUUUUUUAUAUAGAAUUAAGUUAUUUUGCACAUUGCAAAAACCAAAUUAUAUGAUUAAAAUUCAAUAUUAAUAAAAUGAAUAUGUCUAAAUUAUUUUACCAAGACAUGUUUGCUAACAAAGAUCCUGAAAAGGAUCAGUUUUCAUUCAUAAAAGUAAAAUAAAGUUUGAUUAAAGUCAAAAGGAAAAAAUAUUAUUUUGUUUUCUACUCAUAAAAAAAGAAAAAAAAUGAAAAAUUACAUAAAAUACAUUAAUAUGUCAUUUUAAUAUAUCUCUAAAAUAAAAAUGUAUUUAUUUUAAAAAAAAAUAAAACUUUUGAAGGAAAGUCAGUUCAAUCUUUUACUGUAUCCUUUGAGUUUUUGUAAUAAAUAUAUAUAAAUAAAAAUCCUAAAAGACUUGAAAAUAGUGCAAAAAAUAAAACAAGGUAAUACUUUAAUUGUAACGUUAACCCUUUAACAUGUGAGGCGUCACCGGUGACGCUUACACAAAAAAUCUUUAACAUACUUUCUAACCAUUUACACGAUCAACAUCAUUGACGCUGAUCGUGCAAACGGUUGAACAGUUACAAUACAUCAAAGAACAUAAACACUGGAACUCCAGUGUUAAAGGGUUAAUUUUUAUUAAAGUUUAUUGUAAAAAUAUAUAUAUAUUUCUUGAAAAUGUUUACAACUCUUUCAUUGCCAUUUUGCGUCUUGUGUCAAAUUAAAUUACAUAUUUUUUAAAUAAUUAAAUUUAUAGAAUUUGAAUAAAAUGUAUGGAAGCCCAAACUGUUCAUAAUUAAAUAAAUAAAUAUGACCUUAUUCAAUCAAACAACACUCCAAUAA